GAGUGUGCAAAGUUCGGGAACCAGGGGUCCGGCAACACGGCUCCGACAGAGCAGGAUCUUGUUCGCAGCUGGAGGCGUGCAGUGGCAGGCACCGGUGCGAUUGGUGCAGCAUGCGUGAAGGAGCCGUGGAAGCAGAGCCAGGCGCUCUCCGGCUCGGGAGGGGGCGCCGAAUCACUGGAUCGCCGGCAGCUUCUCCGCCAUCUCCAGAGCACUGGCUCCCUGGAGUUUCUACGCGCCCAUGGCCUCAACAAGAAACCGGAGAGACUCCUGAAGACGGCGACGAAGGCACAGCUACUCUCGGCACUGGAGCAGCUGCCCAACAGAGGAGCCUCUCGAGCUGUUGGCCGCGGUGAGCACACCCAGCUUCGCGGAGCGAUCCGCCGAGCGCUGCAGGCCAUGCCGCCCCAGACGGCUGUGGUGGUGCUGCACGAGGACUGCUCACAUGAGCUGCGCCUGUUCUCGGCCGGCAGGCGUGAUUCGGAUCCUCAGCCGACUGAUCUCCAGCAUGGCCUCUUCGUAUUGGGUGCAGUGCGUGACAUGACCAGUGUCGAGCUGGCGCUGGUGGAGGAUGCAGCCAAAGAAAUGGACCUAAAGUUGGUUCGAUGCCGCAUUGGCUCCACCGCCGAGUUUACAUCGAAGGUCGUGCGAUGUGUGACGGCAGCACACAGCCACGGCUUGGUUCUGCCGUCGCUCCGUUCGGUUUUCGCCGCGCCUUCGCCUUCGGAUCUUGGGCCGCGGAAGGCUUCUGCUCCAAUGUUGGCCUUUACCGUGCUGGCGGACUUGCUCGGAACGGCAGACCAGGUCACCACAGAUCGAGCGUCGCGGCCAAGAAUGGUGCCAUUGCUCCAGCUGUGCGUUUGCACACUCUGGAGAUCCAAGAUCGGUGACAAGUUGGCCUCGGAUGAAGGAGACGUCUGCCAGACCCGCCGGAUGGAGCCGCAGCUUCGCUUGCUAUUCUCUGACGACG